AUGGGUUCCAUCGGUACAGACUCGGUUUCAGCUGGCAGUGGCAUUGCCUCUGAUGGAGUUUUCUAUAAUAAUUGGCCCAAUGACAAAGGUUUCAAUCCCGAAUACGAGCAGCGCGAACCCGUCGAGCUGUCAGUGACAGGACAAAUCCCUGCCUAUGCUGCUGGAGUUUUGUACCGCACAGGUCCAGGCAAAAACCAAGUGGAAGCUGAGAAUGGAGAAACACUACGUCUCUCCCACUGGUUUGAUGGAUUCAGUCAAACCCAUCGGUUCCAGAUCCUGGCCACAGAUGACUCCCAUGCAGCACCUCGAGUUUUCUACAACUCGCGUCUCGCAACCGACGACCUGAUUGAAGAGGCGAGAAAGACCGGAACGCUGGACAUGGUCAGCUUCGGACAGAAACGCGAUCCUUGCAAGAGCAUCCUAGGCAAAGUCCAGAGUGAAUAUGUCCCUCAAGUCACUCCAUCUAGUAGAAACAUCGGUGUCACCCUGUCUAUCAAUCUCCCGGGCCUUGAUGCCAAAUCCGAUGAGCCAAAUUCCCGCUGGACUGGUUCUCAGGGAAUCAAAACGCUCUACGCAAAGACCGACUUUAAUGCCUUCAAGAAGCUCGACCCCGAGACCCUGGAGCCUAUCGGCCUAGCCUCGCAGACCAGUCUGCACCCUGACCUUUCGGGACCACUGGCUGCAUCUCAUGCUCGGUCUGAUCCUAUCACCGGAGAUGUGUUCAACUUCAAUCUCUCUCUGGGACCACAAUGCAUAUACCGCGUUUUCGGAGUCUCAGCUGCAACGGGAGAGACCACGAUCCUUGCAACCUUCCCUGCAACACCGGCGUACCUUCACUCGCUUCUGAUCACCGAGGAUCACGUCGUGCUCUGUGUGUGGAAUGCGCACUUGAAUCCCAUGAAGAUGAAGGAGUCUUUCAUGAAUGCGAUUCUGCCCACAGACCCAAGUCAGCCGGCAAUGUGGUAUGUCAUCGACCGUAAGCACGGAAAUGGAUUGAUCGCGACAUAUGAGGGUCCUGCAUUCUUCUGUUUCCACGCGAUCAACGCAUGGCUCGAGCCCUCACCAACAGACCCCACGCAGGUGGACAUUGUUGCAGAUCUCGUGAGAGCCGACGACUCGGAGUUUCUCAAAUCGCUCUAUUACGACAACUUGAUCUCUUCGCUGGAUACAGCCAAGACCUUCCAGGAUAAGAGAGACGACUCUUUCCGCACAUCUUUCACCCGCUACCGUUUACCUGCAGUGCCUUCCACUCCAUGUACUGAGGCCAAGAAGGCAAGCGUUGAGUGGUCCGUAUGCAAAUCGUUGUCUCCCGAGUUGCCAACUAUGGACCCGAAGAAAGUUACCCAGAAACACCGAUAUGUCUACGCGGUAACCUUCCGCGGAGAGGCCACUCUAACCGACGGCAUUACAAAGCUGGAUUGCGAUACUCAGCAAGUAAAGCUCUGGGCAUGCCAUGGCCAAUCGCCCGGUGAGCCGAUCUUCGUUUCUAACCCCAACGGCACUGAUGAGGAUGACGGUGUUCUGCUUAGCGUGGUUCUCGAUGGAAUGCGUGGCAAGAGUUAUUUGCUCUGUCUCGAUGCUCGUGACUUGUCGGAGCUUGGCCGAGCCAAUGUCGAUGGAGCUAUUGGUUUUGGAUUCCACGGACAGCACGUUCCGACUGUCGGUGGAAUGCCCACUGGUGAUUACUAG